GCCGUGGACUCUCACUGCAGUUGCUAGCGAGAGGUACAGCUGUGCAGCUGAAGCAUGUGCGCGGAGCCAGCUGAGCGGAAGGCGGAAGAUGGUGACUCGGGCUCGGGGCGGUUUGGCGCCACCGUCGCUGCCACUGCCUUUGUGUUGGCGUUGAUCUGGCUCUCCACGGCGGUGGAGGAGAGGGAGAAGAUCUCGUCUUCCCUGCUCGGAAGGUGGCAAGGACAAAGAGAAGAGCAUCAGACGGGCAGCUACUGCUGGGCCGCAAUCGGCGCCGCUCUCGCACUGCUGCUGCAGCGGCUCUGGCGGUUGAUCAGCAAGUGGGCGGGUCGCUCCUGCGAGUCAGCCAACACGCCACCUGCUACCGUACACCAGAAGACGCUGGCAGCGGACCUGGGCGCGCUCCUUCAGUCUGGACAUUCUGCUGACGUCACCAUAACGGUGGGGGACAGCACGCUGAGGGCGCACAGGGCUAUCCUGGUAGCCAGGAGUCCCGUGUUCGCGGCCAUGAUGGCCCACGACUGCCUGGAAUCUAGCAGUGGCCACAUUUCCAUCACCGACAUCGAGCCGGAGGUGCUGAGCCAGCUGCUGGUGUUCUUGUACACGGACGAGGCUCAGUUGGACCCCCGGCUGGUCCUGAAACUCCUAGUAGCCGCCGACAAGUACCAGGUGCACACUUUGAAGGAACAGUGCGAGUACGUAGUCUCCCGGAGCCUGCGAGUGGAGAAUGCGGUGGCGUGUGCGGUGCUCGCCAUACAGCACUCCUGCUCGAGUCUCACGGAAUCCUCUGCGCGCUUCAUUGCGGCCCACCUCAAGCAGGUGAUGGCCACCGAGGGGUGGGCCACGGCUGUGCGGAGGCACCCGGAGCGCAUGGUGGAGGUCAGUCGCCUGGUUGCCGCAGUUUCCUCAGAUACCAGGUCUGAAGAUCACCACAGGCGAGGUCGAACCCGGUUACCAGAAUAACUAGUCACCGUGUGGCUGCAGCCUGCCCCCACAUGGAACCAGAAGCGCCCAGUGUGAACACAGGUGUGAAUGGAAUCACCCGCACCCCCAGAUGUCGAGGAACAGGCAUGGACCUACAUGCAUGCCUCUGCUUGUGUGUCGGGCAACCACAGGCACAGGGCGACUAGGCGCGAGCCGCACAGGUGCAAACACACCCUAAGGGUGAAGCUCACAGUGUGAAUGCCUAAAGGCAAACCUCAAAAGGUUCCCACAACAGUUGAACCGGUGUUUAUUUCAAUCUAAUGUACAAAGGCUACUUAGGGAAGUGAUGCGCCAAACGCUCCAGAAUUUGAAUCUGUGUACUGGACCAGGUGUACAGCCCAGAAUCUGUUUUGCAGAGGUCUUGCAUUCAAGUCUCUGCCAAGCACUCAGCUUUAACCCACCAGAAAGUUUCAAAUCAACACACUCCACUGCAGAUCUAAAAUACAUUCUGGAAAGUCUGGUAGCACUUCUCAGAUCAGUUGGAUGUUGUCAUGUCGAUGUUAAUGGGUAUUAAAAGGACUUAUAGUCAGACUGAAAGCAAUAACUGCAAAAUAGACAGAUGAGGUAAAGCAACUAUUAAGCAAGCUGAAGCAUUUAAUAAGCGUGCUGAAGGGGUUAACAAGCAGCUUUAGACAGUAAUAAGAGAUACUCGUGGGUAAUGUGUAAUUAAAUCUGGCAGAAACUAAUUUUGCUUUUCUGACCUAUCAGCUGGGGACAGUACAUG